AUGGACAAGUACAACAAACUGAAUUCCGCGAGGAGCUCGUUCACCGACUUCCUCAAUGAUAAAUAUAAAAAGGCAGUCGAAGCUUUUCAGUCUUUUAAACGUUCAGACGAAGACUUGGUCGAGACUAGAAAAAUUACAAUCGAAUCUACAAAAGCGGACAUUAUUGGAGCCCCAUCACAAGACAUAGACAAACAGAUAGAUGAACUUGAAGAAUUAAUACAUCGUUUACAAAACGAAAUUGUAGAAAUGUCGGAUAAUGCUGACAAAGAUGCCGGAAAAAAGUAUUUCAUAGAACCCAUUGCUGACACCCCGAACCGUGGAAGCAGCGACGAAGGUUCCUCAGACAGCACCUCGCCAGUCACUUACGACACCAGGAAACCUGGUAAGUCAAACAGUAAAAAUUACUUCUACCCAGUCCUCAUUAACGAAGCCGGCGUCGCAAGUGAUUCGAAACCACUCCCGCUUUCUAGUACAGAGGCUAUUAAUGAAACGUUCUUCCCACAAACUCCUAGUACAGAGGCUCUGAAAGAUACAUUUUUUAAUAUAAGAAAAAAGUUCUCUUUACUUUGGGAUGAAAGCGAUGACGUCAUUCAGGAUAAAGAAUCAAGUUUGACUGAAGGGCACAAAGAAGUAACGUUCUCCGAACUAAGAGCUGUGAUUUCUGAUCAGUUAAACCGAAUAGAUAACGAUACUCUGAACAAUGUGGAAGAAACACACAAAUAAUUAUUACAAUUAUUGAAAUGUCUCCAUGAGUGUAUUCUGUUCAAGAAAUAUAUGAGCCUCAGUAAAUAAAACACUGAACAUUUUCCUUAAAAUAUUUAUUUGCAUAACAAUUAAAAUAUUCCAUACAAAAUACAACAUCCAAAUAUUUUUAAGUACAUUAGUAGUAAACAAUAGAAGCGAUUUCGUUUGACUAGAGUGCACCCAGAAUCAUUCUUCACAUAACAAACCGAUAACAUAAUAUUCAACAUUCUAAACAAUCUUUUUCAUAUAUAAUAUUAAUAUAGAAAAGACUACACUUUUUAUGUGUAAGCAACG